ACACUAGUGCAGUGCCGGUGCCAUCGCAAAGUGGAAUGCAAUGAUAACGUCAAACAAUUGUAAAAAUGCUGUCUGAGUUGGCAGCCACGGCGUUUCUCGCCUUAUCGCUGAGAUCAAUUAUAUCACUUAACGCAUAUUCUGGAUACAACAAGCCGCCGAUGUUCGGCGACUAUGAGGCACAACGGCAUUGGCAAGAAGUGACUGUAAAUUUAGACGCCAAAUCGUGGUAUACAAAUGGCACACACAACGACCUGCAAUAUUGGGGCUUAGAUUAUCCACCUCUUACUGCAUAUCAUAGCUAUCUGGUGGGUCUUGCCGCCAAAACGCAAAAUGCCAGUUUUGUGUCCUUGCACGCGAGUCGCGGCAUCGAAAGCAAGGAGCACAAGAGUUUUAUGCGUCUCACGGUUUUGACUGCCGAUCUUUUGAUUUAUUUGCCGGCAAUUUGGAUUUUAAGUGUUGCCAUCGAUCGAACCUUUCAGAGCAACAUCAAGGAGUUGUUAUUUCUACUGCUCGCUCUAUAUCCGGGGCAAAUGCUCAUCGAUAAUGGACACUUUCAAUACAACAACAUAUCGCUCGGAUUGGCAGCUGUGGCAAUUGCCGCGAUUCUCUGCAAUAAAAACUAUUUAGCCGCUUUUACGUUCACAUUGGCCCUGAACUAUAAACAAAUGGAAUUGUACCAUGCGCUUCCAUUCUUUUCAUAUCUUCUUGGCACCACUUUGUCGCGCAAAAGUUUUAAGUCCUUUGCAAUUGAGCUGACAGCCAUUGCCUCAAUUGUAUUGACGGUUUUUGCCAUUCUAUGGCUACCUUGGUUACAUUCCAUAGAAGCAGCUUCCCAGGUAUUGCAUCGUCUUUUUCCACUUGGACGCGGUGUGUUUGAGGACAAAGUGGCCAAUGUUUGGUGCAGCAUCAAUGUGAUUUUUAAACUAAGGAAACAUUUCCAAAAUCAUCAGAUGGCUUUAAUCUGUUUGGGGACCACUCUUUUAACUGUACUACCAACAAAUAUAAUUCUCUUCUGGCGACGCAGCAAACCGAUGUUUUUGUUAACUCUAUUCAAUACUUCAGCAGCCUUUUUCCUAUUCUCAUUUCAAGUUCACGAGAAGUCAAUUUUACUGGUUGCUCUGCCAGCAAUUUGUUUAUUUCAAUGGUGGCCAAAUGAGAUGCUAUGGUUCCUAGAAGUCUCAGUAUUUAGCAUGAUUCCGCUUCUAAAGCGUGAUCAUCUAUUAAUUCCAAGUGUGGCAGCAACUGUCCUCUUCCAUUUAGUUUUUAAAUGCAAUUACUUCAAACCCAACAAGGAACAGAUGCUCGAAAACAAGCUUUUAAAUAUGACCGUUGCAAUAUCGGAGAUUCUAAUGCUGUCAAUUUUAGUUGGGUCUUUAGCUAUAAAGCCCUCUGCUAGAUAUCCAGACAUUUGGCCCUUAAUUAUUUCCGUUGUAAGCUGUGCACAUAUUUUCUUAUUUUUGGUUUGGGGAUAUGUGAAACAGUUUAUGCAGUGCGAUCGUAAGCUAUAUAAUAAAAUCGAGUAACAAUCAUAAAAACAGUGUGAUCAUAAAAUGUACUA